AUAGACUCCGGGGGCUCAAUCUAACGCUGUCCUCACCGCCGAUAACACGCGCGCGUAAAUUGAGCCGCAAACGCGUCAAGUGAAGUUGCCCGGAUGCAUAUUCAUAGUGACAGAAGGAUGGAGGACGAUCAGCAUCUUGCGGAGGAAUACGUGCAGGAUUUCGUCCUCGACCACCUCGAAGAUGUCACGGUCAAACGGGAAGAUCGGAGACACCUGGUGGAAAGUGAAACUUGGAUACAGGACGACUCGGAGGACCGGAGGUAUUCUUCGUUAUCGCCGCCGCCGGAGACGCUGUACAGCCAACAGGCGGUCCUGAUCAACAUGCCGCUGAUGAACGACCCUGGUACCCCGCCGGAGACACCCCCGAGCCAACCGCCGGGUCCCUGCCGAGCCCCAGCCUUCAUGGAGGAUUGGAUGUGGACUAUACGUGACCCCCAACCCUUGGAUUUGCGCCCCAUGCACUGCGUUGGGGGAGAAGCGGAUUGGGAACGCAGAGAAUACAUUCCUCCAGGUUUGGACAAUAAUCAUCACUCCAUUCAUCAUCAGAGACCCCAAUCAGUGUGCAGCGGGGCAAGUGCCAUUUCUCCUAGAUUAAACACCAGCCAUGGAAGCGGUUACUCCACGUGUGGUGAUGACAUAAACGACGAAAUGCUAGUAUCUCUAUCGGUUCGCGAACUCAACAAAAGGCUACACGGAUGUCCCAGAGACCAAAUCGUCAAGCUGAAACAGAAACGGAGGACCCUAAAAAACAGAGGCUACGCCCAGAACUGCAGGCACAAACGCCAAGAGCAACGGGAACACCUGGAACAGGUCAACAGGGAACUCCAGGUCGAGCUGCACAAGAUCAAAUCCGAACUGGCCAGGGUGAUCCAGGAGAGGGAUCUCCUGAAGCAGAGGAUCCACCUCGGCAGGACCCACAUGACCUCCCUUAAUUCCGACGGCCAGAGUUCACCCGAAUUCUACCUAUGACAUCAUCUUCAGGGUCGAAGAUUGUAAUGCCUAUCGACCCCACGGUUAACCCGCCACUGAGCAACCGUGUUCUCGAAGUUAUUGUGGACUUGUACAAAGUGACGCUUAUGUGGUGUACCUUCUGGUUACAGCAUUUUUUUCGAUAUAUAUUUGUAGAUAAGACUGUUGAAUUUUUGUUAGGCUAAUUUUUUUUUAUCAUUUUUGUUAUUGAAUCACUGAAGGUGGAUCUGCAUAUCUUUUUUCAUUGUUUCAGUCGAAUUCGUAAUUUUAUAUCUCUAUUUUUCUAAAAAAAAAAUCGGGUCACUCUGUUCCAUACCUGAUGAGGUUGUGUUUAAAAUGAGAAAACUAUAUGACAUAUGUUACUUCUGUAAAUGAAAAUUAUAGUAUUAAUAAAAUAUGGUUUAGAACAGUGA